GCCAUGGCCGAUAUCGAUGUCAAGAUUGCUCAAUGGAAGCUGGUUGAGGUUGGCCGCGUUGUGCUGAUCCGCAGCGGUCCCUACACCGGCAAGCUCGCCGCCAUUGUCGAGAUUGUCGACCACAGACGUGUUCUGGUUGAUGGUCCCUCCACCGAGGAGAAGAAGAUCGUCCCCCGCCACGUCCUCCCCCUCUCCCACGCCACCCUCACCCACUUCGUCAUCCCCCAGCUUCCCCGUGCUGCCGGUACUGGCCCCGUCAAGAAGCUUUGGGAGAAGAACGAGAUCGAUGGCAAGUGGGCUCAGAGCGGUUUCGCUAAGAAGACCGACCGCGCCGAGCGCCGGAAGAACCUGACCGACUUCGAGCGCUUCAAGGUUCUCAGACUCCGCAAGCAGGCUCGCUACGAGGUCCAGAAGGCUCACGCCAAGCUCAGAGCUGCUGCUCCCAAGGCAUAGAUGGUUUUUGGGGCUCGGUGCAAAGUGUGACAGGGUGCCUUAGGACGGGGUUUAUUUGCUGAUGGGUUAAUUUAUGUUCAGCAAAAAAUUACGCUGUAUGCAUUAUUUGACAGCAUAAAAAUGAUUCAAGAACCUUUGAUAUCCUGACAUGGCUUGUUCUCGUACGUCAUCGAAAGCUGAAAGCCGUUCGCCGCCUGAACGAACGCCCUUUCAGUGAGUAUAUGACUUAUGAUACAACUGGGUCUUCGACUUGACAUCAGCGGGUCAAAUCCUGAGAAGGAAAUGGGCAAUGAACACAAUUUAGACUUUCA